AUGACUGAUCUAUCAGAACAGAUCAAUCGCAAUCCCAUUGGAAAUGGGCUUGAUGAUGUUCGCAGUACUUUCAAAUCUUCGGAACCUGACCCUCCUCUCCUGGUUGCCUUGCAAAGCCACGUCCUUUCAAUAUCUCUACCAUCGAAAUCGGGCUGCGGCAGUAUACAAAGUGAUCUCCUCAGACUUAUCUCGGACGCAGUCUCCGACAGCUUCGACUUCAAUCGCGUCAAACCACUUCUGAAAGCGGCUUGCUCUCAUAAACUCGAUGAUGCCACCAUCUGGGAUCAAGCAUAUAGUGCCGUUACAGAAACCACGCCACCCCCCCGAAGGAUAGCUUCCUCGCUUCAACAAACACCAUGGCUGCAGAGCACGAGCAGUUUCACGAACUCAUCCGAACACCGCCGAUACGUUGACGAUAUACUGAAGGAGGAGCUCGGCACUAUGUACGUGGGACUUCCCGGAUUCCAAGAUGCGUAUUUUGGAAGAUUGGACGGACUAGAAGCUGCAUCCAAGGAGGUUUUCGAUCAGUGCCUUGAUGGCCGCGAGCCUGUAUUUCAAAAUGGCUGGAGGGAAUGGCCUCGGGAUCCGAACGAAAAAAGCGUGUUGGAGUGGCUUGCCGACAUCGUAAAGACGCUGGCGCUACUUGCAAAAGCCCAGAAGUCCAAUACGACACAUCAGCGGAGCCUUUUAAUACAGCCCAACACGCCGAUGCAUGGUUCGACGGCGGACCGCAGACUGGAUGUUGGGUUUGUCGAUGAUUUAAAGGGACCUCCAUACCACUGGAAGCAAAUAUUAGUACCCGGAGAACUGAAGAGUAAUCCGUCUGCCGACACCGCCUCCAAAGCUUGGAUCGACCUUGGGAGAUAUGCGAGGGAAGUGCUAGCCGCACAGGACACCCGACGCUUUGUGAUGGGCUUCACGCUCUGUGGAUCUCUCAUGAGGGUGUGGGCCUUUGACCGGCUUGGAGCCCUCGCAUCAGAGCAGUUUGACAUCAACAAAGACGGCCUGCAGUUUGUGUCGGUGGAAGGCCUAGGGUUUGAUCCAACGGUCAUGGUGUCGGACAACGACCGAUUUAUCAAGAUUCAGCGGAACGGUUCUACCGAGCAGAUUGUCAUUGAUGGGGUCAUCCUUCGGGCGCGUUGUGUGGCUGGCCGCGCUGUGACUUGCUGGAAAGCCCACCCCAAAGGACAUCCAGAAACGCUUCUUGUCAUCAAGGAUUCAUGGCAAUAUCCCGAGCGCGAUGAGGAAGGCGAUCUUCUGCGUGAGGUGACGGACAAAGGCAUUGUAAAUGUGGCCCGGUAUUAUCACCACGAAACGGUCCGGAUCCGUGAGACAGAGGAUGACAUCUGGAACAACGUUCGACGUGGUCUUGAUGUUACGGCAGCGACGAAUUACCGGCCGGGACGACAGAUACCACCAAGCAAGAUGGUAAAAGAUGACCCGCGGAAGGGCCGUCCCGGCAGCAGCAAGAAGCGGCCCUCCAGCCAAAUCGACUUCGCCUUGCCCCCAAGCAAGCGGUCCUGCUCCAUGUCUCCAACAAAGGUGCCAAGUACCCCACCCAAUCGGGUUCAUCGGCGCAUCAUUCUCCGGGAUUACGGCAAACCCAUCUACGAGGCGAGCUCUCGAUCAGCAUUGCUUGCUGCCCUGGUAUGCUGCAUUGACGCUCACGAGUCUUUGUCCAAGGCAGGCAUUCUCCAUAGAGACAUAUCCAUCAACAAUCUCAUGAUCAAUGAGGAUAGUCGCAACCCAUCCUGGCCUGCCUUCUUGAUUGAUCUUGACCUGGCCAUUCGAGAGCCAAGAGAAGGGUCCUCUGAUGCCAAGGGAAAGACUGGUACGCGGGCGUUUAUGGCAAUCGGGGCGCUGCUCGGCGAGCAGCAUUCGUUCAUGCACGACCUGGAGUCGUUUUUCUGGGUGCUUUUCUGGAUAUGCAUUCAUUAUGAUGCAGAUGGCAAAGAUGUUGGCCCGACCGGGUUUGAUAGGUGGAACUACGAGAGCGAUGACACGUUGGCUGAGCUCAAGAUGGGUGUAGUUGCUGACGAGCAAUACUUUCAGCAAAAGAUUACGGAGAGCUUCACUGCACAAUACCAGCCACUAGUACCCUGGGUCAAGAAGCUACGAAGGGAAGUAUUCCCUAGUGGGCGUAAAUGGAACAGUUCAGAGCCUGGGCUAUAUUCCUCCAUGAGGCAGGUUCUUGACGAUGCACGGAAGGAUCCAGAAGUGCUAGCAAACACGUAA